AUGGUGCGUUUAGCGUGGUUCGUUACUAAUGCAGUGUUAUGUUUUCCCUUCGUUCAAUCGGAAACGUUGCAUCAUUUGACAGAUGGGACAGAACUAAAACUCGCAUUUUUGGUACACCGACAUGGAGACAGAACCCCUGUUGAAUCUUCCAUAAAGUAUAGUGACAAUCAAGAAGAAUUGGAGGAUCUAACAAAGCCAUAUGGAUAUGGACAACUAACAAACAAGACGGUAUAUUUCCCGACACCAAAACACCAACCAAACACCGACACCAAAAUAGGUCGGAAACGUCGGAGCUACGAUAUGGGGAAAUUCAUCCGUGAGAGGUACGAUGAACUGUUGUCGAAGGAAUACAACUCCUCCGAACUCUAUUUGCGCUCAACUGAUUCUACGCGCGCGAAGAUGACAGCCCUAGCUUCAAUGGCUGCUGUGUUCCCACCCGAUGGUGACAAUUGGAGUAAAGACAUAAACUGGGUGCCCGUACCAUAUACAACCUUACCGGCAAAAUAUGACUACAACCUUGCAAUCUUUAACUGCCCAGUCCUAGCGGAUGCCUACAAAAGCAGGAUGGCGUCAAAUUCCUCCCAGAUGGAUCCUUACAGACAUCUCUUCCGGCUCUUUGGCAAAAUGAGUCGGCAU